UUUAUUGUGGCCUUAGGCCGAAGAGGUCUUUUUUGACCGAAGAUACUUUUCCCUCUCGUUUUUGGACCUUUUUGCGUCUUGCCUUUUUGCAUUUUUGUCGAGGCUACCGCCUACCGCCUCCUAGUGGCCUGACCUAAAAAUAGGCUGAAUGGACUGCUACUGCUGUUGUGGUGAUUUGUUUGCUUGUGUGGUGUUCAUGUGUGUCCUGAACAAUAUAUUCCAUUUUUGAACACACCUGUUUGCAUUUCUUGAAGUCUUUUAGUUAGAGUUAAAAUCAUUUAAUGUUUUGUGGUGCUUUAUAAAGCCAUUUAGUUAUUAUUUCUUAACUUUAGUUUAUCUUCACUCUGUCUGAGUGGUGGUGGAUAAAUCCACCUGGCGCCCAACCGUUACGCUACCCCACUACCGCCACAAUCUUCAAUGACCUUUGCAUAGCCUCCACCAACGGCCCCAUCAGCAUAUGGAAAGAUCAGAAAGAUCUUUGCAGGUCUUCACCUUGAUGUGGAUGGCUGUAUCAUCAUGCCAUUCCCAGAGGGUUACCAUCCCCCCUGGCUUCCCUCCUCCUCCACCACCGCAGCAGAGGCCUCCUCCUCCACCACCGCAGCAGAGGCCUCCCCCUCCACCACCGCAGCAGAGGCCUCCUCCUGGAUCUCCUCCUCCUCCACCGCAGCAGAGGCCUCCUCCUGGAUCUCCUCCUCCUCCACCGCAGCAGAGGCCUCCUCCUCCUCCUGCAUCUCCUUCUCCUCCACCGCAGCAGAGGCCUCCUCCUCCUGGCCCUCUGCCUGAUUCUUCCAUCCUGUGGGAUAGACAAAAAGUUUACCAUGUGGCUGAACCAUAAAUGCAGUAAUAAAAUAAAUGGGAAAGUCAAGCAGACAAUGAAGACAUGUCAACAAAGAGUAUUUUUUGUAUGCCAUUUCUUGUAUUGGAUGAAAUUGAGUCUGUUCUUUGCAAGUUAAACAUCAUCACCAGGUUAAUGAUGGAAUAAGGCAAGACAGCUUAUUUGCCAUAACUUAUC